AUGGAGCUCUGGGGGUACCAGCGGGAGGCGGCGGCCCCGGCCCUGCUCGGCCGCAACAGCAUCGUUUGUCUGCCCACGGGCGCCGGGAAGACCCGAGUGGCCGUCCACGUGUGCCGGCGGCACCUGGAGAGCCGGCGGGGCGGAAAGGUGGCCGUGCUUGUCAACAAGGUACACCUGGUGGACCAGCACAGCGAGAAGGAGUUCCACGCACUGCAGGACACCUUUAAGGUGGCGUCCGUCAGUGGGGACACCAGCCACAAAACCUUCUUUGCCAUGCUGGUGAAGAAGAGCGACGUUGUCAUCUGCACAGCCCAGAUUCUGCAGAACGCCCUGGUCAGCACGGAGGAGGACAUGCACGUGGAGCUGACAGAUUUCUCACUGCUGGUGAUAGACGAGUGCCACCACACACACAAGGACGCCGUCUACAACAAGAUCAUGCUGAGAUACCUUCAGCGCAAGCUCAGCGGGGAGCAGGACCUGCCACAGGUCCUGGGGCUGACGGCAUCCCCUGGCACUGGGGGGGCAACAUCCUUUGAGGGGGCCGUAGAGCACAUCCUGCAGAUCUGUGCCAACCUGGACACUGAGAAGAUCACACUGGUGCAGGACGAGGUGCAGCACCUGCAGAGCCAUAUCCCCCAACCCAAGAAGCAGUAUGACCUGUGCCAGGAGAGAGAGCAGGACCCCUUUGGUGAGCAGCUGAAGAAGGUGAUGGUGCAGAUCCAGCAGUUCAUGGAGAAGCCGGAUCUCCCGCAGAACUUCGGCACGCAGAUUUACGAGCAGCGCAUUGUGGAGCUGGAGAAGAGAGCUGCAGAGAUGUUUUGUCGCAAGACGCGGGUGUGCGCCCUUCACCUGCGCAAAUACAACGACGCUUUGCUGAUCAGUGACGCCGUGCGGAUGGUGGACGCCUUCCAGUGCCUCCAGCAGUUCUACAGCGCUGAGAAGGAUAAGAAGGGCCCCACCGAACAGUUCCUCACUGCCAUGUUUGAGGAGAACAGGGCGAGCCUGCAGGCACUUGCCGGGGACCACCGCUAUGAGAACCCCAGGCUGGGCAAGCUGGAGGAGAUCCUGCGUGAGCACUUUCAGCCCCUGGGAACUUCUCGUGGCAUCGUCUUCACCCAGACAAGGCAGAGUGCCCACAGCCUGCUCAGCUGGCUGCAGACCACAGCCACGCUCCACAGGCAACACAUCAGAGCUGCUGUCCUCACCGGCGCUGGCUACAGCAACCAGACCAGGCACAUGACACAGAAUGAGCAGCAGAAUGUGAUCAAGCAGUUCCGUGAGGGAGCCCUCAACCUUCUCUUCUCUACCAGUGUGGCCGAGGAGGGCCUGGACAUCCCCGAGUGCAACAUUGUGGUCCGCUAUGGGCUGAUGACCAAUGAGAUCGCCAUGAUGCAGGCCCGGGGCCGUGCCCGUGCUGAGAACAGCGUCUACUCGGUCCUUGCCAAAGCCAACAGCAGAGAAGUGACCCGAGAGCUGCUCAAUGAGGACCUGGUGGAGCUCAUGAAGAGGGCGAUUCAGGCAGUGCAAGCCAUGCCUGAGCAGGAUUACUGCCAAAAGAUCCAGGAGCUGCAGCGGGUGGCCGUGGCCAGCUGGCUGAUGAAGGAGGCCAGGAUCAGCAAGCAGCGGCAGCUGCACGACCCGGACGCUGUUCGCCUGUACUGCGUCAACUGCAACACGGCCGUGUGCCGCGGCAGCGACAUCCGCACCGUGGAGGGCAUGCACCACGUCAACAUCAACCCCAAAUUUGGGUCGUAUUACAGAGUUUCCUCUGGGAAAAUACAGUUCCAGCGUACUUUCAAGGACUGGGAGCCCGGCUGCUGUAUCUCCUGCAAAGCCUGCAGCCAGAACUGGGGGAUGGAGAUGCUGUACCGGCAGGUGAAGCUGCCUAUCCUCUGCAUCAAAAACUUCGUGGUGGAGACACCAGAAGAGAAGAGGAGGUACAAGAAGUGGGGCUCUGUGACGUUCCCCAUCAAGGCGUUUGACUACCUGGAGUACUGCUCUGACACCUGCAGCCUGUCCUUCUAGCACAGGCUCUGUUCAGAACAGGAAUAUUCACAGGGCACUUCCAGGGUGCUACAUGAACAGAGGAGGCUUCCUUGACCCUUGGACAGAGAGCCACGGCUCACUCCUCUCCUCCUCACUGGUCUGAGCCCUAGCAGCGUGUCCCUAGCUGGAGCCCAUGGCUGCUGAAGGGGCUUUGCUGCACCCACGUAGAAAGGAUGAGAUGCUGGGAUGGAAAAUCAUCCAAACCCUUCCUUGCUCCCCAUGCUGCUGCCUUCUCAACCGUGCCAGGGGAGCCAUCUGUUUCUGUGGGUCCAGGACAGUGCUUCUCCACCCUGAUUUAAGAAUUUGAUGGGUCUCCAUUAAAAACACAGAUGCUGGACUGAAGGGGCAGGGUGGCCGCAUGACUCGUGGCAAGAGCUGGCUGGGCUGAGGCUGCGAGGGGGGACAUGGCCCUAGAGCCAGAACCCACUGUACCCUGAGCCAGCAGAACAGGGGUCUCCAGGGGACAGUGGGGUCUGUGAGGCUGUCCCGGCUCUAUCCGACCCGCAGACAGUGGCCUGAGCGACCCAUCCCACCCAGCCACCCAAGGC